AUGUACCGAUCUCUGAUGCUCAUCGCCCUAUAUAUAUCAGCCCUAGCCGCUGCUGCUCCCAAUCCCCCUUCCAACGAACCAGACAACCAACCACCUAACCAGCCAGUCGUCGGGAUUCGACCACCCAACCAGCCAGUUGUCGGGCUCCCAGACAACCAUCCACUCGACCAGCCUGGUGCAGGGAGCCGACCACCUAAUCAACCAGUCGUCGGGCUCCCGGACAACCAUCCACUCAACCAGCCAGGUGCAGGGAGUCGACCACCUAACCAGCCAGCCAACCCACUAGCCGAUCAACAGGACCUAUCACCUGCACGACUCGCAACCAGGAAUCUGCACAACAACUGCCAAAACAUACGCAUAGAGAACCCACCCCCACCACUCCAAAACAUGGACACCGCAAACGCUCAGCCAAGGUACGCAACAGAAUUGACUGCCUCUCCGGAAUCAGAAUACUGGAGCGAUGCGUCGACCCUGCGCGGAUCCGAACGACGCGCUAAUUUGCCUAGAGCACCCAAGCCACUCUUAGUGGGCAAUUGCAAGAAGCGGGACGGCCAGUCCCGGGAGACAAAGUUGUCCUUGGACUAUUGUCUCGGGUGGCGAGAAGAAAAUGGUGGAACUUUGGUUGCGGAGAGCAGGUAG